AUGACCAUCCUUUUGCCACUCUUAUGGGGACUUCGCCGGGCAGCAGCAGCUGGCGUCUGCGCUUCCCGCGGCGCUUCAGUCACCGCUCAGCAGGCAGGAAUCUCGAGAGCCAUUUCAACUGCACCGGAGCACCCGCGUCGUACUCCGGAUGCAUGCACAUCUCAAACUGAUGGGACGGACAAGGCUAGGGGUGUAAAUGCCCAAAGCGUGUCCUCGGGGAGCCGCAUGCAGCAAAUACAGCAAGUAAAGCAGGUAGAGCAGCAGCAGCAACAGCAGGCCCCAACUGUUGCUCAAAUAGAGGAUGGGUAUCGUUUAUAUAGGAAUAUUUUAAGGGCUAACAGAAGGGCGAUCUUAAAGAUCCCUGUUCGGCGCAUGGCCGAUGCGUUUGUAAAAAAUGAAUUCCGCACGCACUUGGCAGCGGCAGCAGAGGCACUGCAGGGCCUCGGCAGCAACGAAUCUGAGCUGUCUGUACGUUCCACAAUCUGCCAGCAGGAUGCUGCCAACGACAGCCUCCCAAGUGGGCCUCAAGUAACGGACGGAGGAACGAGAGAAGAGCGGCGGCUGCUUCGGCAACCAGGGGCAGAAGAGUGGACCGAGUUAGAGACGAAAGUACAGGAAGAGGAGCGAGAUAUAUCAAAGGCAAGGCCUGCAGCAAAUAUAGCAGCCUCUCUCGCAACGGUGGCCAAACAGCCCCAGUGCUCGUUCCAUCAAUUGAAUAUGUUCUUGGAUGCCUGGGACGAGUACCUGCGCCAUGCGAAAAGCGGGGCGUCUCCCCUGCACUUUGGCCGCUCCCUUAGACCAUCACAGCGAAAGCUUUUGAGUGCAGACCAAAGAAAACAACUCACAAAGCUCAAGUGCUUAGCGCCUCUGUUACUUCGUUUCUGUCGAGCUGCCCUGCUGCGCGCAAAUUUGUUUGCUGUUGCUGGAGUGGCGGUUCGCGGCUGUCCCGUUGGGUGCGAGGCGUCGCGUGCCAGUAGGGGUCUCGAAUCCGUUGAGACAGAUAACGUUGACGACGUAAAGGGAAGGAAGUUUCGCUUCCCCUCAGCUUUUUUUUCAGACAAACCUAAUUUUGGAAAGGCUAAAUACUCGGGGGACGCCGCGGAAAAAGCUCCACUUUUCAUGUAG